AAGUUGAGCUUCUGAUGACGCGUUGGUGGCUGUAGCCAACUACAAUAUGUGACGUGUGAGAAUGUGUAUUUUCAUCGUUGGGAUUGUGGCGAGCAAUGGGAUCGAGCGAUCAUCGUCGUGGGAGAUAGUGCUGUUGAGAGAAAGCGCCUUCCGUUGGUUGUGGAUGCUGGAUAAGCAGCGGUUGAGAUUAUAGGAGGUCACACUUUCUUUGGAGACAAGACGCGAAAAAAACGAGCUUAAAAUCGCCGGCACCUACAGCUUCGAUUGAACACAGACACCAAGCUCCCAUAGGCCAUCGACAUGGACGUGAAUAUUCUGGUGCCACACCACGACGAAGGUAGCGAAAUGCGCCAGUCACCCAUGGGUGGCAAACACCAGCGCAAUCUAUCGCUGUCGGCAAAGUGGGCGAGCGACAAAGCGAUGGCUAUCGAGUAUCUCCGCCGUCAGAGGUGAUGGCAUGGAUUGAAAACGUGCUGCAGCGUGAGCUUCCCACUACAGAUCUGUUUGAGGCACUCAAGUCUGGUGUGGUGCUUCGAGAAAUGAUGGAGACGCUCUUCCCUGCUGCUUCUAGCUGUAUGUCGCCCAUUAGCCGCCAAUACUCAAUGCGAAUGGCACCUUGGAAGGAGCGCGAGAACAUUUCCAUCUUCCUGCGGCAGUGCAAGUCGUACGUUGCAGAACUAUGGCUUCACCUUCAUUGCAUCAGCUAAAUGCUAACGGUGCGCCUUCACAGAAUCGGAAUGAACGACUUGUCGCUGUUUUGCACGGACGAUCUGUAUGAGGGCACGAACAUGGUACAGGUGCUGUUCUGCUUACAGCAUUUCAUGAUGUUUUCGGAGGAACGUGCUGGUCAUCUCUUUAAGCCCGUCUCGAGAAACGAGAAUGCCACGUUUUCCAACCAAGAGGUGGAAAUGGCGAUGUCCAAGAUUGAACAAGCAGGGAUGGACGCCAAGGCCUUGAUGUCAUCUAGGAGCUCUUCAGAGACAGAUGCAGUCCAAGAUAAAGAGACCACAUUGAGAGCUUCAGAACCUGCUUCUGCGGCAUCGAAGGAGGCGAAGCUCGAAGAGGAGCCUGCAGAAGCCGAUGAAUAUACUGAGGGCAAGGCCAGAGUUCAAGCACCGUUUGAGGUAUGCAACCAGGACUCGGAGCACAAGGAAGAUAUCGACAAUCCAGCUGACGACGACGAUGUGAAUCAGGAGACUGGAAGCGAUGCUAGCAAUGAAGAAGAAGAGACCGAGUCUGAAGACAGCCCCGCUAUUGAGCAGGAAUUAACUACCGCUGAAAUCCUACCUGUCCACCAUCCUUGGACGCAAGAAAUAAACACUUUGGCUGCCGUCAAGACAGUGGCAAUCAUCCAGACUAUGGCAAUCAUCUACCAAGUGCUGUCAGAUUUGGCGGCAACGAUCGAAAAGACCGAAGCGGAGACGCAUUCGACCGCAAUGCAGAACCAAGAUACUCCUCCAGUCGAGGCUGAACCAGAGAUUUCUAAUGUGGAAAUUACCAGCAUACCGGAAGAAAAGGCGGAAGAAAAAGAAAAAGAAGAAGACGAAGACGAAGAGGUGAUUCCUGAGCCGACAGAAGUCUUGGCACAGGAAGCCAAGGGGGAAACCGUGGACCAAGCCAACAUUGAAAUCCAAGUGAAUGAGCAAACCGAGACACCUGCUGUGGACUCGACGGAUGCCCCGGUCGAAUCGAGUCCAGCUGAAGAAGUUGCAAGCACUCAGCCUGCAGCAGAAACAACUGAGAAUGUGACAGAGCACAAGGAAGACGCGGUGAGUUUAUGUUGUUUCCUUCAUUCUAUCUCACGGAACACUUUGUACCUUACGCUUUUCCAACUAUUGUGUAGAACGUGCAACAGGCAGUGGACGAGGAGCUUGAAGCGAAGGCAAUGUCAAAGUGCUUAUGUGGCAGAUGCACUAUCAUGUAGACUUAUCGGAGUCGUAGAAGUGCUUGGGGCGAGUGAAAUUUGCAUUCUUCUUAUGUCGUCCAGUUUAUCGUUCGCAUCGAGUUGGUUGCAGGACAUUUAUUUUCGUCGCUCCAUCUUAAACACUUAAACGAGCCUUGCAUACGUGUUAUUCACGGCA